AUGCCCAAGGUCAAGAGUUAUACGGCCCCUUGGCUUUCGCAUGGACCCGGCCACAGCUUGUUUGCGCCCUCAAACGACGCCUCCAACAAGGCGUUGAGCGCGCCGUCGCCUUAUGGAUCCAAGAAGAAGAAGAUCCAUGGCCCGAGACGGACGAUUGCGAGACGAGGGACCGAGGUUUUCGUCGCUGUUGGCAAGGAAUUACGAUGGGGCGAUUUGGCAUACCUGAAGGAGAAAUGGUCAACGAAACAUGCACACCGUCGCAUGGGCAGCCGUGUCAAACGGGAGGACUCGUCACAAUCGUUCGACGAUGAAGCUGUUCCCUCGACGGAGGAGGCGGCUACGGCCCAGGGCUUCAGGACAAUCAAAACGCCUGUCGCAGAUGACAUCCGGCAGCUCGUCAUCUCCCCAAACUCCGACUACCUCGCUAUUCUUACGACGCAUACCGUUCAUAUUUGUGUAGUCCCCGAUUCUUCGCAUCUCACAGCCGAGGACACUGGACCUCUGCGACCCAAGAUCUGGACAUUGGGACCUACGACCCACGUCACCUCGCGAUCCUCAGUUGCGUCAGCUGUAUGGCAUCCCCUCGGCGUCAAGGGCUCUUGCCUUGUUACCGUAACGACUGAUGCUAUUGUACGCAUCUGGGAGUUGUCACUCACCGAUCGGUGGUCAUUCGACUCUCCCACACUAUCGGUUGACCUGAAGAAACUUGUAGAUGGUACAACGCUGGACCAGGAUUUCAGCGCAUCCACGGCUGCUACGAAUGCCAGCUUCUCGCAGUAUUCGCUGGAGAUGCAGGUGGCUUCGGCUUGUUUCGCUGGCCGCGGCUCGGGAGGAUGGAGCCCCAUGACUCUCUGGGUUGCCAUGAGGGAAGGCGACGUAUACGCAUUGAGCCCCUUGCUGCCCCAAAAAUGGGCACCGCCUCCUACUCUUAUUCCGUCGCUUUCCGUGUCCAUCGUCUCCAAGGUGGCUGCCCUGGAGGAUGACCCUGCCGUGUCCGAAAUGGAUAAGCUCCUCGCUCAGCAGCAGCUCGAGUGGAUGGGUGAUUUGGAUUCCCAGGAGCCCCAAGUCCUCGACACAGCGCCGGGCGAAGACACCGUGGAGGUCUACACGCGACCCUCCCGGCCGGGAGUUAUACCAAGACUGCAAGGCCCGUUCGAGUUCGACGCCGACCCCGAAAGCGAAGAUGUCGGGGACAGCCUGCUGACGGACAUACUCGUAAUCGGGAAGAAGGUGGAUACCGACGACCUGAUGAUGGGCGAGGACGAAGACCUAGACUUUGACGAAGGUGAUCAGGAGGGACUCUCUCUAUCCGUCGUCUGCCUCCUGUCCACCACCGGCCAAGUCCGCGUCUACUUGGACAUGGAGGGCGUCGAAGCACAAUGGUUGCCGCCACGAAACAAGUCCAAGCUUGGACGCCUCCUGUCGGCUGCCGAUCCACCCUCACUGUUAACGUUCCAGUGCAUCGACACCAUGUCCGCAGGAGAAAUGAACGACGACGCUUGGCCGACGUUCUCGUCGGAUGUCAUGUCACGGUACUCGCUUUUUGUCACUUCGCACGCUGGCGUCACGUUCCUCUCCCUGUCUCCCUGGGUCUUCCGCCUAGAGGGUGAGCUCUCGGGCGAGUCGGAGGCGGGCUCUGACUUCCGUCUCGGCCUCCUGGUCAAUGGGCAGAACUCUAUCCGCGAAAGACUAUAUAAUCAAUCUUCGAGCGAUGUCAACGUGCCGCUCGCCGCGUGCGCCGCGAUCCGCGAUCCGGAUUUGGGAUACUUCCUUCUGUCGGCGACUCCGUACGAUCCGAUUGCCUUGACUUUCGAGACGCCCGAGGACGACUUUUCGCCUGUCCGUCACGAAACGCCUUUUGAAGAGAAGCCUGCGACAAUGGAACCUUUGGACUUUUAUGAGCCCCGUCCAGCUUUCCAGCCCUCGCAUGCAUUCGAGCAGCAAUCCGACCUUCCCGAGCUAAUCAACAGACUCCGCAGCUCCCGCCACAAGACCAUUUUGAACCAGGAGAUUCGUCUGUCUCCAGUCACGCUGCAGAUUCUCACAGACGCCCAUCGCGUCCUGGGCGAAGAUACCUACCGGCUCGGCACGGCGGUGGCGGAGAUUUUCCGCCGGUGCGCGACUCUCCAAGAUGAGCUCAGGGAUCAGAUCAAGAAGGCAAACGAGGUCAAGGAGAAGAUUGACAAGAUUGCGGGCAACGACAAGGCCGGAGACGGCGAAAGUGACGACGUCAGAUUCGAAAGGCGUAUCACCGAGGCGCAAGAGCGACAGAAACGACUCAAUGAGAGGCUAGAAGGCGUCCGCAAGUAUGUUGGCAAGGCGGCGACGAGAGAGCUUAGUGCCAAGGAGAGGGCAUUUGUGGCAGAGGUCAAGAACAUGGAGGCCAGCGUCCUGGGAUCAUCCUCGGAGAACAGCCCGGGGGUGAAGCAGCAGAAGCAGCUGAGGAAACGUUUGGAGGACGUGCAACGACUCAAGGACGAAUUGGUGGUACAAGUGGAACGGAUACAGAAACAGAGUGAAGACGGCAAGGGUGGGAAGGACUUAUCGUCAUCUUCGGUAUCCGAACUCAAGAUCCCGGCGGAGAUCCGAAAGGCCAAGCUGCAACAAGUCAUGUCCCUUCUCUCACGGGAGACAGCUUUGGUCGAGGCUGUAUCCUCGCGCCUGGAGCGUCUCCAGACGCAGUAA